AAACAGGAAGUCGUAUGCAUGCUUAGGACGCUUGUUUUCUUCUUCUCAGCGACUUGCUUCUUUCAUCACCAAAAGGCAUCUUUCCAUCUUUAGUUUGCAAAAUGAAACAAAAUUCAAAUGUACCAGCCUUUCUCACCAAGCUUUGGACUCUUGUGGAAGAUUCUGACACAAAUGAAUUUAUUUGUUGGAGUCAGGAAGGUAACAGUUUCCUUGUCAUGGAUGAACAGCGAUUUGCCAAGGAUAUCCUUCCCAAAUUCUUCAAGCACAACAACAUGGCCAGCUUUGUCAGACAGCUGAAUAUGUAUGGAUUUCGCAAAGUGAUGCACAUCGACACAGGCAUAGUAAAGCAAGAGAGGGAUGGACCAGUUGAAUUUCAGCAUCAUUACUUUAAACAUGGUCAGGAUGACUUGCUGGAAAACAUCAAAAGAAAGGUUUCCAAUACAAGACCAAAUGAUACCAAGAUCAGACAGGAAGACCUGUCCAAUAUUUUGGCCAGUGUUCAGAAUGUUCACGGAAAACAAGAAAGCAUUGAUUCCAGACUCAACACACUGAAAAGAGAUAAUGAAGGUCUAUGGAGGGAAAUAUCAGACCUGAGACAGAAGCACUCCCAACAGCACCAAAUCAUUAAGAAGUUGAUACAAUUCAUCGUCACAUUGGUACAGAAGAACCGGAUGAGUUUAAAACGCAAGAGGCCUAUUCUACUGAACAGCAAUGGAAAGAAGCCUAAAUACAUCCAUGAAAUCUACGAUGAUCCUCCUCUGGACCACAACAAACCCUCUGUCAGUGGUUUGAAGAAUGCUGAUCUUACUGACGAUGUCGUCAUCUGUGAUGUAACUGACGAUGACACAGAGAUCACAGAGGGCCCCUCAAGAGCAUUGGAUCAAUCGGAUGUAGAAAUAGUUGAGGUCUUCAACAGCAAUACUGUGUCACAGACAGACAGCGCUGACAGUAUAGGACAGACCUACUCUUUAGUAAUCGAACCAGAAGAGACCACCAUAAGCACAUAUGAUAGCCUUCCCACAAGCAGCACCUUGCAGCUCAACAAACAGUCAGGGUUGAGCCUGGAGGAUCCAAUGAAGAUGAUGGACUCAAUCCUCAAUGAGAGUGGAGCUAUUUCUCAGAAUAUCAACCUCCUCGGCAAGGUUGAGCUGAUGGACUACUUGGACAGCAUUGACUGCAGUUUGGAAGACUUUCAGGCAAUGUUGUACGGGAAGCAGUUCAGCAUUGAUCCAGAUAUUUUAGAGGCCACAGAGGGGAGUGGUGGUCCCAAAGAAAAUGCAGGGCUGCUAUCCAAAGGAGACAAGUCUAGUUUCUCAGCAGACAACCAGCUGGUCCAGUACACAUCCUGCCCUCUGCUGGCCUUCCUGGAUGGCUGCACCCCUUUGGCCACAGAGGCAGACAGCAGCACAGCCACAGAGCUGGGAGACAGCCUGCUGCAGAACAACACUGAGGUCCCCACAGACCUCCUGGAGCCAGACGAGGAGCCUCCACGAAGCUCUCUGAUCCGCCUGGAGCCCCUGACCGAGGCAGAGGCCAGCGAGUCAACGCUCUUCUACCUGUGUGAACUCAACCCAGAGGGCGACACCACUGACUUGACACAGCUGGAGAUUUAACAAGGUUAACUAAGGAGCAGAAAAAGGAUUGGACCUUUUGUAGAUACUUGUCAAAAUGAUCUAUUUCCCCGUAUCUUUUGGUACUUUUCUGUUCAGAAGUAAGACAUUCCGUCAUUUAGUGAAGAAACAAUCUACUAACAGCUGUACGUAAACCCCGAUAAAGAUGAGGCUGCAAUUAUGUUGUUGGUUUAGGUUUCAGCAUUUCUUGUGAAAAGGGGAAUGUUUCACUGUAUUAUUGAUUUCUGUAUUGAUAUGUUUUAAGGAUCACAUUAAUCUUUAAUGAACAAAAAACAGAAGUGCCUGCAUUUCCUUAGUAGAACCCCAAUGUUGAUCAUUUCAAGUACUGUAGUCUGAUAUGUACCGUGUGUAUCAAUGUUUCAUGUUAUGAUUCAUAGAUUGCGAAGCUUAACAGUGACAAUGACAUUAAAAGAACAGCAAAAGCA